AAUCUGCACCAGCUUCCUCAUCCUUCUCAAAAUCAGUCUUCAAUACAUAAAUUUUCCUUGAGCAAAAAUGGGUUCCAAGACACUUCUUUUCUUUUUCAUUUCCAUGGCUGUAGUUCUAAUGAUUACCUCAGAGGUGGCUGCCAAGUCAGUUGACAAUUCCAAGACAGUUGAAACAAAUGAGGAAGGAGAAGCCAAGUACCAUGGAGGUGGCUACGGAGGAGGCCACGGAGGAGGCUACGGAGGAGGCCAUGGAGGUGGCUACGGAGGAGGACAUGGAGGGUACGGGGGUGGCGGCCAUGGUGGUUAUGGACAUGGCGGUGGCGGCCAUGGUGGUUAUGGACAUGGUGGUUAUGGACACGGCGGACAUGGCGGUGGCGGCCAUGGUGGACAUCCUGGUGAGGCUGCAGAUGCUCAGCCUCAGAACUAAUCAAGCCAGCUUCUAGCUAUGUCAUGAUUAAUCAUGAAUGCUUAAACAGGCUUACUAUAAUAGUAUGUACUUUGUAAUGUGAUCUCAAAUAAGUGCUGGAUCAGUGAUCAUGUAAUAUGCACUCCAUGUACUUGCUGGCUAUCUAGUUCAAUACAAGUAUAUGAGUUUGUGAUUUUGUGUCU